CAAGUUUCUAGUGAUGGUUUGGCUACAAUUAUGCAUCAUCAGCAAGAAGAAAAACACCCCUGAGAACACGACCAAUCAUUUCCUUCGAAAGUAGUUUAAGAGAAGCAAGAUCCAACCAGAUUUAAUUGGAUCUUGAGGAAAAGAAAGUGAGGAGGCGGAGCACGAGCGAAAUCAGCGAACGAAAGAAAUGGAAACUUCAAAUCAGCUGGCUCAGUAGCGACCGAGAGCUCUUGGUGGGUGGAUGUAUGCGCCUCGCUCUGGUGGAAGCUGUGAGAGGCUGCGGUAAGACUGAGAAAAGAAAGCUCAACUCGGACUUUCUCAAGGGAGCAAUGUACUUGAGGACUCCUGAGUGAGGGACAAGACGCGUGGCAGGAGUGUGGUGCGUGUGGCGGGUGUUAUAGUCACGUGGACAGCUUCCGUGAGCCCAGAAUGACAACUUUAGCAAGACUCUGGCGCCAGUACGUGCCGGCCAGGGUGAGUGAGUUGCUAGCAGUGGUGAGCCUCACGUCCACCUGUAUGCUGUUCCUGCACACCAGUCACCUGCAGAGCCAGCUGGCCACCUACACCAACCAGCUUGACGCUUCCGGCCCCGCCAGCACCUUCACCAAUGGGGCGCUGGAGGGCGUCGCAAACCACAAGGGAAGCAACCAGCGGAAAUCCGGCUCCUGCAAGAAUUACGAUUGGGAGCAGUUUAGGCAUCUUGACCCUCGCAGCCUCAACAACACGAUACACCACAACAAGAUGACACUCAUGUUCAACCGCGUGCCCAAGGUCGGCAGCCAGAGCACCAUGGAACUGCUGCGCACCCUCUCCUACAAGAACGGCUUCACCUUCCACAAGGACCGCCCGCAGAAGGUGGAGAAUAUCAAGCUGACGGAGAGAGAGCAGAGGCGAUUGGUGCAGUUGGUGGACGUGUUCAGGCCGCCCUCUGUCUACGUGAAGCAUGUGUGUUAUAUCAACUUCACCACGUUCAACAUCACACAGCCCAUCUACAUCAACAUGGUGAGGGACCCUGUGGAGCGCGUCAUCUCCUGGUACUACUACGUGAGGGCGCCCUGGUAUUUCGUGGAGCGCAAGCAGGCCUUCCCUGAGCUACCUUUGCCCUCCCCAGCCUGGCUCAGGAAGGACUAUGAGACAUGUGUGCGAACUGGUGACCGCGAAUGCCAGUACCAGGAAGGGGACGAGCGGCCAGACUUCGCACAGCUGACAGAGUUCUUCUGUGGCCAGGAGAAGGAGUGCACGGGCUUCAAUACAGACUAUGCACUGCAGAAGGCCAAGGAGAAUGUGGAGAGGAACUAUGCAGUGGUUGGGGUGUUGGAGGACCUCAAUACUACCCUCACUGUGCUGGAACAUUAUGUCCCUAGAUUCUUCAAGGGUGCCAAAGACCAUUACUGGAAUGAAGUCCAGAAGUUCUCCAAGGUGAACCGCAACAUUUACAAGCCACAGGUGCCUCACGAAGUGAAGGAGAUUGUGAGGAAAAACUUCACAAGGGAGAUGGAGUUUUAUGAGUUCUGCAGAAGACGUCUGUACAUGCAGUAUGCAGCACUGAAGCUCCCCCAGCAGGAGGAUGAUUGCCGAUGAUAAAUGCUGUGAUAGAGAGUGUGCUUCUAACAACUUAGUUGUACAUGAGACCAUUUAGCCUAACAGGAAUUAAUGGUUCUUUUAUCCUCGUAGGUGUACUCCUUCACUGCCUUUGAGUUCUGGGUUCAGUCCCAAAGAUGUACAACUGAGAGUUUAGGAAAUUUCUUAUACUUGUUUCAGAUUGGUUAGUCUUAGUUUCCCAAGAAGGGGCACUACACCAGUAACAACUAUGUUACUAGGUGGAGGCAGAUGUUGAGGUUGUGAAAUGAUUCAGUGUAAGCUCUUGUCUUCCUAAAGAGAACAUGCCUUGCCCUCAAGUUUUGCUAUACUGGCAGGUAAUGAGAGAGAAAGAGAGACCCAACAAAUUAAUCUUAGGAAAGGACAAUACUACAUGGUGAUAAUGUUGUACUUCAUAUCAUUCAGGCAAAGCUCACUGAUAGUGAUGAGUGGUUGGAGUGGCUGCUCUCAAAUCAUAAAGCUUCCUGAUUAAUUUGUGGUGGAUUCUCAUGUAUGGGAACCAUGUGUUGAAUAAUGUUUGUGGCAGCAGUGAGUAUCUUUGUAUGUACACACCUGCCUGUCUCUGGAAGGUUAGCUUGUUUAACUGCUCCUGCCCAGAUGGUCUGUUUCAAGUGUGUGGGAUGACAGAGGAAUGCAUGGCACCUUUCUUAUUUUUAACACUUAAUAUCAACUAUUUUUUUAUGUAAUCAUUCCAUUAUAUGAGGAAUAUUCCUCAUAUUAUAUGUAGGAAU